AAAAAAAAAAAUCGCUGUCGUUGAUACAUGUAACAAUCAUAAUUCGACAAGGACACGGAAAGGGACAAUAACAAAAGGUUUAUCAAUUCUCUAUAUAUACACCAAAGGCGAGGGUUGAUGCAUCAAGGGUUCUGACUAUCACAAUUCUCUCGAGUCUUAUUAGGAGCCUUUUGAGAGAAACAGAGAGCGAUUUGGUAUUGGAGAAACAGAGAUGGCCUCAUCGAAGAAGAUCACGCUGAUCAGUUCCGACGGAGAGUCGUUUGAGAUGGACGAGACGGUGGCACUGGAGGCUCAGACAAUCAAGCAUAUGAUUGAGGACGGUGUGUCCGAAGGAGGCAUCCCUACCCCUAACGUGACAAGCAAGAUUCUGGCGAAGGUAAUCGAAUACUGCAAGAAGCACGUCGAGUCCAAAUCUGCUGAUGAUGGUAGCCGCUCCGACGAUGAACUUAAGGCCUGGGACACCGAGUUCAUGAAAGUUGACCAGCGCACAGUCUUCGAACUCGCACUGGCUGCAAAUUAUCUGAACAUAAAGGGGCUGCUGGAACUUACUUGCCAGACAGCGGCGGAUAUGAUUAAGGAAAAGACUCCAGAGGAGGUCAGGACGAUUUUCAACGUCGAGAAUGAUUUUACUGAGGAAGAGGAGGCCGAGAUUCGCAGAGAUAAUUAUUGGGCAUUCGAAUGAAAUUCUCCACAAUUUACUUACUAAUUUUCUCUACGAUUUUCUAUUAGGGAACAGUUUAACUUAAUAAAGUUCUCUUCUUUAAUUUCUC